AUGAAUGUGCCUAUGCAUAAUGAGAUUGCCAAUGUGCAAGAACCUUCGACACAACGACUAUCAGAGUCAAAUAUUGUUAUGUCAGCUCCCAAAAUUAGUACAGUUGUUACGACAGUAACACCACAAGCGUCAUUAUCUAAUUUACACUUUCCUGUUCAAAAUUCAACCGAGGAAUCAGGAAAAAAUGAGAUUGACAUUGGUCUCAGUCGUGUUCCUUAUUCGGAAGCAUUAUCCGUUAAUAGUUCCAUUCCUAUAGGGAAAAGUGCAGGGGUAACACAAACAGUUCCUUCAAAAUCUAUUGCCGGAGCAAUUUUUGCUUAUCAACCCGGAAAAACGUAUCGAGCGAAGCGUAUUUUUAAGGUUAUCAUAUUAGGUAAUGCUGGAGUUGGAAAAACAUGUCUUAGUUUUCGUUUUUGUAAUGGAAGGUUUCCGGCUCAAACGGAAGCAACGAUAGGAGUGGAUUUUCGAGAGCGUUGUGUUGCUAUCGAUGGUGAACUGAUAAGAGUGCAGCUAUGGGAUACAGCUGGUCAGGAACGUUACCGACAAUCUAUUGUAUCACAUUAUUAUCGCAAUGUGAAUGCCAUAGUAUUUGUUUAUGAUGUAAGCAAUCCUUCAUCGUUUCAUUCGUUGAAUGAUUGGAUCAGUGAGUGUCGCAGACAUUCGGUUUCGUCAACAAAUGAUACACCGCAUAUACUAAUUGGAAAUAAAUGUGAUUUAACAGUGGAGAACAGAGUUAAAACUGAUGUCGCUCAGAUGUUUGCUGAUCAAAAUGAUAUGGCAUUAUUCGAGACGUCAGCAUUAGCAGAUACUGAGGCGGAUCAUGUUGAAUCAAUUUUUAUGACAUUGGUUCAUAAGUUACAACAAAGUAAACCAAUGCAUGUUCAAACUAAUGAAGAAAGAGUACGGAAAGAGCAAAGAUUGUUACUGAAAGCUGGCGAUGCUACUGCAGAAACUGGUGGUGAAGGAUGGUGCUGCUGA